AUAUUUAAGUACAAGUAUUUCACUGCACUAGUCUACCGCGACCGACUGAAUCAGCGAGUCUUUCCAGAAAUAAAAUAAAAUUGCAUCAGAUUAAUUCAGAUUUCGGUUCCUGUGAAGUUGAAGCUAUACACUAUACAGAAUACGGAUCCUGUAGUGGAAAUCAAUUACGUUUUUACAACAUUAAUUAAUAUUUUGAUACGUUUUUAUAGUUUGGGUGUUUUGCGAGUGCAUUAAAAUAUUCGAAACAGCAAAAGAAGAAUACAAGUUUUGAAGAAAAAUGGACAACGUUACAAAACAGUUGCUGACCGACGUAUUAAAUCUCCGCUGGAUGGAAUUCCUUAAGAAAAUUAUAAAGGAAGCUCGGAUGUUGGAAAAUUAUGAAAUGUCCUACGAAAAUAUCGAAUUAAGCGUCAACUUCAAGUUAAAUGUAGACCAUUUGAACAUAAAUGAUGUGAGUCAUUAUGCGAAGGAUAUAUUGAAAUUCAAUCAUUGCACGUCCGCGACGGAGUUUGAUUUUUCAAUACCAGAAUUUAAUGUGGAUAUCGGUCAAACCAGAGCGGAGCUUGACAUUGGUGGUUUCAAGUUAGCACUAGAGAUAAAUGGACGGAUUUAUUUAAGGAACGUUAAAAUAUCCGGAGCGAUAGGAUUCUUUAUGCGAGAAAAGCAAAUGUACAUAACUUGUGAUGAGUUGAAAAUUAUUCCAGACGUCGUAAAGAGCGACAUGUGUGUAAUACUCUGCGGUGUGGACGUCUCAGAGAAGAUCAACGAUUUCAUUAGAAACAAAGCAGUAAUCGACUUGAUUACGGUAUACCUACAGAAGAUCUUACAAUACACAUUGAAUGGAAUUGAAAUAACAAAGAAAUCUCGCGGUAAGAAGAGCAAAAAAUUGAACCAAAUGACUUUGUAUCUAGAUUAAAAAAAAAUAUCCAAAAAAGGCAAACAUUCAAAGUACACAGUAUUGAAAUGUAUUGUAGAGUUAUAUUCGACGCUUGAAAGGCAAACGUGACUAAGCGACAAUAACUGCUUUGUACAUCAAUGAUAGGCAAUAACCAUAUUCGAUGCGCAAAAAAAUAUAUAUUUCUAGGUCUAUUAAAAUCAUUUCAAUCCUACAACCACUAGUUAGAUUCUACUACAGAUAGAUUCGUUAAAAUAAAUUUUGUUUUCACGUAUUUCAACUUUAAAUUAGUCUAUUGUAAAACUCACGCAUUGUCGCUUAGUCACGUUUGCCUUUCAAACGUCAAUAUAUUAUGUCUUAAAACUAAUACUAAUUAUUGAAAAUAAAUGUUUGAAUUUUGAAA